AUGCCUCAACAAACCCAUCAUUCCUUUCUUUUUCUUUCCAUCUUGAUGCUGAUUUGUUCUUUUUAUUGCAUCAAUAACAGUAUUUCAGUAGAUGCUCUGAUCCAUGAAUGUAGCUCAAAGCAAGACACAUCCCUGAGAUCUUCUUCAUCUUCAUGCCCUCCAUUCACAUCCAAUACUCCCCCUUUUCCCUUCUCUUUAUCACCCGGCUGUGGUCACCCUUUCUUUCAAAUAAAAUGCUCUUCCCCUCAUUCCAUUAUCUCCAUUAAUAACAUUUCCUUUGCUCUUCUUCACUUCGACCCCAACUCCUCCUCUCUCCUUCUGUCUCCUCAACUCUCCUCUUUAACAUCCUCAACAGCGAUAAGUCCUGCCACCACUUGCUCUAGUGAUCUCUCUUCUAUUCCUGCCCACUCCAUCAAUCUCUCCGGUUCACCAUUUCGAGUCUCCGACUCUUAUUGUUCUCGCCUUUCCGUUCUACGCUCUUGUUCCCCACCAAAUCUCCCGAACUGCAGCCAUUGUCAUUGGGAGUGCAAGCUCAUCAAGAACCCACUUAACCUCCUCCACGACUGUGGAUCUAGUACUCCUCAUACUCACCAACAGCAGGGAUGCCAAACGGACAUUUUAGAGUAUCUUCACGAUUACUUGAAAAUCGGGUUCCAAGUCGAGUACGAUGCGUCUCGUGAUUCUUACUUCUCCAGCUGCAGGGAAUGCAAAUCCAAGAAAGGAAUCUGUGGCUUCAAUUCCUCAGACCCAGAAAAGAAUUUCAUUUGUAUUCAGUCCAGAACUCGGCUUUCACCUCCAUGGAUUCACCAAGAUGACCCAAACCGAGUCGCCAUUUUGUGCUCCAUCUCCGCAGUGUUAUGUCUUGUAAUUGUCAUGUUGGUUUUUGGAAUUGUUUUUAGGUAUAGGCGGUUGAAAUCGUCGGCAACAGAAGAUGACCCAACGACACUGUUCCUUAAACGCCACCGCUCUGCUAAUCUUCUCCCACCUGCGUUCACUUUCGAGGAGCUCGAAUCCUCAACUAACAGGUUUGACCCCAAGCGUAAAAUUGGAGAUGGAGGGUUUGGUUCUGUGUUUUUAGGCCAGCUCUUUGAUGCCAGAAUAGUUGCUGUUAAAUACCUCCACAACCAUCACCAAGCUGCAGGCGCUGGCAGAGCAUUCUCAACUAAGUCAUUCUGUAACGAAAUCUUGAUAUUAUCUUCAAUAAAGCACUCAAAUCUAGUUAAACUUCAUGGGUAUUGCAGUGAUCCUAGAGGAUUACUUCUGGUGUAUGACUAUGUACCCAACGGCACUCUCGCUGACCACCUUCAUGGCCCAAACAACUUGCACCGUAAAAGGUCUUUAACGUGGCAGGUGAGGCUUGAUAUCGCAUUGCAAACGGCUUUAGCUAUAGAGUACUUGCACUUCUCGGUUAAACCACCAAUUGUUCACAGAGAUAUAACAUCAUCCAAUAUUUUUAUAGAGAAAGAUAUGAGAAUCAAAGUGGGUGAUUUUGGGCUUUCAAGGCUUUUAGUCUUGCCUGAAACAUCUUCAUCUUCAUCUGGGUAUGUUUGUACCGGGCCUCAAGGCACUCCUGGGUACUUGGACCCGGAUUACCACCGGUCGUUCCGGUUAACAGAGAAGAGUGAUGUCUACAGCUUUGGAGUGGUUUUGUUUGAGCUGGUUUCAGGCUUGAGGGCGGUGGACCAGAGUAGGGAUAGGAGGGAGAUGGCUUUGGCUGAUCUUGUAGUAUCCAAAAUCCAAAUGGGUCUGCUUCGUCAGGUCGUGGACCCUUGUUUAGGCGUUGAUGGGGAGUCUGUGGAAGGUGUCGAAUCCAUGGCUGAGCUGGCCUUCAGGUGCGUGGCCGCGGACAAGGAUGAUAGGCCAGAUUCAAGGGAGGUUGUGGAGGAGCUCAAUCGGAUUCGGAGCCGAACGAUUGGCGCAAGUAAAUUGUCACGACCGGAAUCCGGACCAUCUUAA